GGACUUUUAUUUUGAUAUGAAGACGUGACGUCAUAAAACCGCGCGGGCCCCUGCAUCUGUUGUGGUUCGAGUGAAGACAGGACAAACACACAGAAAAGACCGAUGUGACACUAUUAUAAAGAUGGUGUUUGUUAAAGAGGAGUGUGAAGAAAUGAGGAUUGAAGAAACAAUCAGUGUGAAACAAGAAGAAACUGAGGAACAAACAGACCGGAUGCUGCUGAAAGAGGAGAGUGAAGGACUAGAUGAAAUGGAAGAGAAAAAUCAGUACAAGAAACAUCAUGAUUUCAUAAAUGGAGACAAAUCAUUUUGUUGCUCACCGACUGAAAGGACACAAAAAACAGCAACUACUCCUUUCACCUGCCAAGAGUGUGGAAAGAUUUUCACAAGAAAAAGUAACCUUAAAGUCCACAUGAGUGUUCACAUUGGACAGAAGCCGUUUAUUUGCCAGGAGUGUGGAAAUAGUUACUCUUCAAACAGUAACCUGAAAGUCCACAUGAGAGUUCACACUGGAGAUAAACUUUUCACCUGCCCUCAGUGUGGAAAGAGAUUUGAGCAACGAGGAAACUUUAUUAUCCACAUGAGGAUUCACACUGGAGAGAGACCUUUCACCUGCCAACAAUGUGGGAAAACAUUCAUUAAAAAGGGAAACCUUAAAAGCCACAUGAGAAUUCACACCGGAGAGAAGCCGUACACAUGCCUUCAGUGUGGAAAGAGUUUCACUCAACAAGGAAGCUUCAACAGGCACAUGAGAAUUCACACUGAAAUGAAGACUUAUGUGUGUCAUCACUGUGGAAAAACCUGCAAAGACAAAGCAAACCUCGAGAUCCACAUGAAAAUUCACAGCGAAGUGAAGCCUUUCACGUGCCCUCAGUGCGGAGAGACUUGCAGAUUGAAAGGAAACCUUCAAAGUCACAUGAGAGUUCACACUGAGAAUAAGCCUUUCACAUGUGUUGUAGCGAGUGAGACGCAUCAGACUAAAAUAUUUGUUAUAUGUAAGAAGUAACUGUCGACGGGCCGUUAGAAAAUAAAGUACACCCGAGGUUGCAAUGCCGCAUAUAUGUUAGUCUAAUGUUUAGUUAAUAAAGUCUUGUUCAUGAAUGA